GCGCGUCGCUGUUUACAAUUAACCCAAGCAUGUUCCGACUAAGAAGUUGCAAAGAAACCGAAGAGAAACACGCUCUGAGAGAAGACGCUGUGGUAGUUAGAAGAUAAUACGAAAGUUUCACAUUUGUCUUAUCAUCUUUGUAAAAAGCACGCAUUUUGGCACGUGGACCGAACGCGAAGCAAAAAUGAGUAGUCUCUGGAUGGGAAAUCUAGAGCCUUAUAUGGAUGAGAGCUUUAUUUCACGGGCCUUCGCCACCAUGGGUGAGCUGGUGACGGGAGUGAGGAUCAUUCGCAACAAGCUGACGGGGGGCGCUGCUGGGUACUGCUUCGUCGAGCUGCCCAACGAGGCGACAGCAGAGCGGUGCCUCCGAAAAAUCAACGGCAAACUUCUCCCAGGGGCAACGCCGCCCAAGAGGUUCAAGUUGAAUCGGGCCACUUACGGGAGACAAGGAGAGAGCCAGUGCUUCUCCCUGUUUGUCGGGGAUCUGACUCCGGAGGUGGAUGAUGGGAUGCUGUACGAGUUCUUCUACAACCUCUUCCCGACCUGCCGUGGGGCGAAGGUGGUGCUGGACAGCAUGGGCAACUCCAAGGGCUGCGGGUUUGUGCAGUUCCCAGAUCAGAGGGAGCAGAAACGAGCGCUGGAGGAGUGCCAGGGGGCCAAGGGCCUGGGGGGCAAAUCGCUACGCCUGAGUCUGGCAGCCAACAAAAUGAACAGAAACGGCUCAUCAGAAGAGAGGCAUUCCCAGAGCCACUCUUACACCUACAGCCAAAACCAGUACCACCAGCAGCACCCCACUUACUACUCAAACUGGGGCUACGAUCAGAGCUACACCUAUGCUUACGAUCAGGUUGACCCCACACCGACCUCCACACAGACUUACGAGGAGAUUGAAGAUGAUGGUCUGGAAGACCCCAACCCCACACUGGACCUGCUGGAGGUCAACAGGCUCUUCAUGGACCGCAGUGAAGAGCUGUACGACGCCAUGAUGGACUGCCACUGGCAGCCCCUGGAAUCCAGCUCGGGAAGCCCCGACAGCAGCAGAUUCAGCCCAGAGGACAUGGAAUACCCACUCAGUCAUGUGACUCUAUCUUUUAGCUGGGAUGCAUACUCUCACUAGGUUACUUUUUUUUUCUUUUGAGCGAAUUUUGCCCAUGUGCCUUUUGGGGAUUAAAAAGGGGCCUGUUAAAGCCUCCCUUUGGCUGACUGUCCAAAGAAAAUAAUGAAGGAAGAACUUCUUUUUUUUUGAAGAAGAAGAAGAAGAACAGGGAAACUGUCCCUGCAAUUUUGUUGAAGAUGUGUCCUUUGCUGCUGCCACUAUUGCACACUCAUUUUCUGGACUUGGUUGAGAGGCUGAACUAAUAGGACACUGCCACAGAAGCCUCCUCUCUGUUUUGUUGGGUAUUAUUUUGGGUUUUGAUUUUGAUUGUAUAUGUUUAAUCCCCAGCUUGAUUGUCAAUGUGUUGUGCUCUCACGUGCUGUCGCAUCCACAGCUAUGGAGGGAGCUGGGCAGCUACAGUAUGUCCAAUCCUCUGCUGCACUCACUCACAAGCCCCAGGGUGUUUUUCCACACUACAUGUGAUGUAUUGCAUUACAGGAGAACUAGCACUAGAUCGGUUACCAUUUCAUGACCACUGCUAACCUUUAGGAUUCUGGUGGGUAUCUGCAGUCUACUUAUGUAGUAGUGACCGUAUGGAGCCUGGUUUGUGUAAGUCUGCUUUACACUGGUGGGACAAAUCCACUUGGGACCUGCCACUGUGGUCCCCUAGUCAUGGUUGAGAGUGACAACCCAAGCUCAAGCUAGUGAUGUCUGGACUGUAGGGAUCAGUCUGCAUUUGUGUUGAGUUUCUUUACUGACUGAGCCACUAUGGUUGGGGUGUUAAACUCUAGUCCCGGAGGCUGCUGGUUUUUUUUCCCUGUUUCGGCACGAAUGAUUAAUUUAUUUAUUGGCUAAAUCCACACACCUUGUUCUCAAGGCCUUAACUCUGGCUGCUGAUUGAAGGGAAAUCUAAAAACCCUGCAGACACUACGGCCCUCCAGGACUGGGGUUUGACACCCUUUACACUAGGGGGUCUAGUUUGAAAUGAUGCUUCUGCGUGUCUGUGGUGUUUCUGUAGCUGACAGACACUGAUGGGGAGAAACCAUCACGGAGAGAUGAGGACCAUACGGACUGUACCCCCCUUUGUGCCUGUGUUUCCUGUUGUUCGUAGUCAACAGUUAAGUCAGUGGUUUUGGGUGGCAGAGAAAACGCUGGUUUCUGCUUGGGAUGAUGAUGCUGCUUUGAUGGACGGUUUUUUAUUUUUAUUUAUUUAUUUUUUAUUUUUAUUUUAUUUUUUUAAGUAAAAUUACCUCCUAAAGACUUGUGUGAGAAAUGAAAAUGAAGUUUUCAAACCAAAGAAUAGCCUGUAUUCCAAAAAAAAUGUACUGAGUAUUCUUCAUAUAUAUAUAUAUAUAUAUAUAUACACACACACCGAUCAGCCACAACAUUAAAACCACCUGCAUUUUUCUGAUUUAAUAUUUUAUUUUCUCUGUUUGUAAUCCAACAAUGCUCACGUGGUCAAAGCGCAGACUCUUUUAUUAAAGGGUAUUCUUAUACAUUUUUGUUUCACCAUGUAGUAAUUACAGCACUUUUUAUACGUAGUCCCCCAUUGCUUCUGAAAUUCAGGUUAAGGGGCCUGUGCUGUUGAAGGCAACAGCAGUGGGGUCAUGUCUGCAACGAUCUGAGUAUAGUACAACCAGGAAAGCACCUGGAGUACACUUUUAUUUUGUUUUCUCAAAUUAAUAUGCGGUCCGAAUUCACAUAUCCUUUUGGUGAGAUCACAUCUGGGCUACAAAUAGAGUUUUUGUUGACUCGGCUGGUCGGUUUCCUUCCUACCUUCUUCAUGGGUCAUGUGAAUGCAGUAGUAAGAGAUGGCACUCAAUUAGCCUGAAUCCAGCUGAGAGGCACGAGUUCCGCACCACUGUUAGAAAUCCACUGUUCGGAUUUCGUUCUUAACGUCAUGAUCAAUUCGGUUUAAAUCACUAUUUUGAAAGAAGCAUAGCUGCCGAUUCUUUAACAUGACAGGAAAAUAUUGUUCUCAUGUUAGAACUUUUUUAAAUUUAGUUUAUAGCGUGUUUCCAAUAAGUUGAAAAUAUGCAAUGUUUUGAAUGGAACGGAUUUAAAAUUGACUCCAUUAGGGUGAAUAGGCACUGCAUGACAUUGCGCAAAAUAGGCCUUGUGACAAUCUUAUUUUCUGAUGAGGAUGUUUGAGUUAUACUGUUAGGUAGGCCAUUGCUUAUUUUUGUAUAAUAAACACAAGUGUUUCAUUAAAAAACAAGAAAGAAAUAAAAUUUACGUGGUAUUCAAAUUGAA